AUGCUGGGGACUUAUACAACCAGGGAAGCACGAAUGCAGCAGUACUUAGAGAAGGUACGAGAUCUGAUUAGGCAAUUCCAAACCUGGAAAGUUACGGAGAUACCACGAGAUGAAAAUGUUGAGGCAGACGCCCUAGCCAAUCUCACAUCCACGGCGGACGUGAUGAGCAAUGAAACUGCUUGCGUAAUCCAUGUGUUUCAUUCAGUUCUCGAUCCUGACAAAAAUGAGAUUAAAAGGAUUGCCUCAACACUUUAUCAUCUGAUGGGUAAUGGACAAGCUAAAUCGACAAAUAAAGUCAUUAUCAAUAAUUUGAAGAAACGAUUGGAAGAAUCCAAAGGUAAUUGGCCCGAAUUGCUACCUGGUGUUUUAUGGGCAUACCGCACCACAGGAAAAACAAGUACGGGUGAAACACCAUUCUCAUUGGUGUACGGAGCUAAAGCCUUAAUUCCAGUUGAGAUAGGGGAGCCAAGCAUGAGGUAUACGUAA